AUGUCUGAAGAUGCUAUUUUGUUACAAAGUGAACAUCAAAUUAAAAUUGAACCAAUAGAAUAUUCAAUAACAGAAAUUCAAGAUGAAAAUAAUACCAGUGAAGAUCAAGAUGAUGAUUCGGAUGAUAAAACAUAUUUAGAAGAAGAUAUAAAAUUACAGUCAACUAUAGUAAUUAAAAAAGGAGUUGUAGAAGAAAAACUCUAUAAAUGCCAAACUUGUAGUAAAAUUUUCAAAAAGCUCGGUCACUUAAAAAGACACAGCACAAUCCAUUCUGACGACAAGCCUUUCAAAUGCAAAUUCUGUGACAAGUCCUUCAAGCUAAAGGAGCACUUAAAAAUACACCACCGUACUCAUACAGGUGAACGUCCUUAUUCCUGCCAAAUAUGCGAUAAAGCCUUCAUCAAUGCAAGUGAUUUAGGUAAACACAAACGCAGUCACACCGGUGACAAACCAUUCGAAUGCUCAAUUUGUAAAAAAACCUUUGCUUAUUCUUAUUCCUUAUCAAUUCAUGUCAAAAGACACAACGGUGACUUCCCGUACAAAUGUGAAAAAUGUCCCAAAGGCUUUGUGUCCCCCAAUUUACUAAAAAACCACAUGUUCUCUCAUGGAGGAGAACGUCCAUUCCAGUGCCAAUUAUGUGAUAAAGCCUUUACCACUUUAGGUAAUUUAAGAAACCAUAUGGUAGUCCACACCGGACAGAAAGAUUAUAAGUGUGAUGUCUGUGAUAAAGCAUUUACACAAUCGAAUAAUUUGAAACUGCAUCAAGCAACUCACACUGGGGUCUUGCCUCAUAAAUGUAAAACAUGUGGUGAAGCCUUCGCUUUGUGGCGGCAUUUGCAAAAGCAUAGGGCUAUCCAUGAUAAAGGAUUAUUGGAAUCUGAAAAAAAGGGGGUAAAUGACUCAGAGGAAGUUUCAAGUAGUCGAAUUGAUGAUGUAGCACCAGAGUAA